CUGGACAGAGCAGCAGGCGUGAGAGGCGCUGGCUUUGGCCCGAGAAGGGAAGGCCGAAAAAUUGCAAAAGAACCCCCCCCCCUCGCCUUCCAAGAAGCAGGAUUGCUAAAUUAGGUCGCCCAAGGGCAAAAUCCAGAUUGAGCUCCUGGUUCUACCGAAAUGAAGACCCAGCCCUUCCAUCGCCGAGGGAAAGGAGAACACCUGGAGAAGGAGCAGGAAGCCAGGCAGAUGCCUCCAGCACCCUCACCGUCUCAUCGCGUGGCGUGUCCCUUACUCAUAGUGGGCUUGCUUCUAAUAGUGGUAGCACUUGGGUGUUCCUAUGUCGUUCUUUUCCAGACGACAGACGGAAUGAAGAUGGAGAUGUUGGAGUUACGAAAGGGCGGGUUGGCCCUCAAGAACCGGGAUGGAGACGUCAUCUUCAGGUUGACCUUCCAAUCUGGUGUCCUUGACCUGGAGUCCUGCUUCCAGGGAACAGACGCGUUGACUUGUUCUAGGACAGAUAGAAGAAAAAUCCGUUUCAUGAUCAGGGCGAUUAAACCAAGGAGGACCCUGAGCUGCUACUCCAUCACCUGGGAAGAGUUUCUAGCCGAGACGGUGGUGGACCACAAAAUGUUCUUGGGAGAUGCUUCCUGGUAUGGAGGCUAUGAGAUGAGUGUCCAGCAUUGGCCAAUCCAGCUGCCAGGAGACCAGGAACCCAUGCCUUACGUGACCAGCGAUGUCUACUCUUUUCGGAAGAGUUUCGGAGGUGUCCUGGAGAGAUAUUGGUUGUCCUCCAAAGCGGUAGCUUUCAAGAUUGAUGACUCGGUUCCUUUCCACCUCGGCUUCAACGCCACGGAACCCUCUCUUGUUUUCCAAGCCAAGUAUACAGAUUCUCCAUAUGGUUCUUUGCUGGAGAAUCAAGCUUUCCCAAGGCUAUGUUACCAUGUCUGCGCGGCUCCUGACAUGACUUCCACCCACAAAUACAUGUCCCAGAAUUAUUUCAGGAGACCUUUGAAGGUUCCCUCAGAACAGAUCUUCAGGUUUCCAGUCUGGUCCACUUGGGCCCUCUACAAAAAGGAGAUUGAUCAAAAGAAAGUUCAGGAAUUCGCCCAAAUGAUCCUGAAGCACGGAUUUAAAGCCAGCCAUAUUGAAAUCGACGACAUGUACACGCAGAGUUACGGAGACUUCGAGUUCGACAUCUUGAAGUUCCCUCGUGCAGCAGAAAUGUUUGAAAAUCUUAAGAAAGACGGGUUCAACGUUACAGUUUGGGUCCACCCGUUUGUCCACGAGAAAUCACCCAACUUUAAGGAAGGAAUCGAGAAACGUUUUUUUGUCGCGCAACGAAACGAGGGGUCCCCCGCCAUGGUGAAGUGGUGGAAUGGAAUUGGCGCCAUCUUGGAUUUCACCAACCCUGCCACCCGAGAUUGGUUUCACGCUCAUUUAAAGGAACUUGGCUUAAAAUAUGGCAUAUCUUCCUUCAAGUUUGAUGCCGGAGAGACGUGCUACCUUCCCAAAGAGUUCACCACCUUCCAGCCUCUUCUGGAUCCAAACACUUGGUCCAGGUAUUACGCAGAAAUGGCCAGCCCUUUUUAUGAGCUUGCAGAGGUUCGUGUGGGGUACCAGACCCAACAUAUCCCGUGUUUUGUCCGUAUUAUUGACCGGGAUUCAAUCUGGGGAUACGAGCUUGGGUUAAAAUCCAUAAUUCCCACAGUUCUAAGCAUUGGUCUUCUGGGAUACCAUUUCAUCCUGCCAGAUAUGAUCGGUGGGAAUUUUAUCCCAGGUAAAACUGACGGGGCUUUGGAAAUCCCGGAUCGGGAACUCUACAUCCGUUGGCUGGAGUUGUCCGCCUUCAUGCCGUCCAUGCAGUUCUCCAUCCCACCUUGGCUGUACGACAAGGAGGUCGUCGAAAUCGCCCUGAAGUUCACCAAGCUUCACGAGUCCUUGGUGGCCCCUCUCUUGCUGGAGCUGGCCGGGGAGAUCACCACCACGGGGGAUCCCAUCAUACGGCCCAUCUGGUGGAUCUCUCCCGGGGACGAGUCUGCUCACAAGAUCGAUUCCCAGUUUCUCAUCGGGGACACCUUGAUGGUGGCUCCAGUCUUGGAGAUGGGAAAACAGGAACGGGACAUCUACAUCCCGGCGGGGAAAUGGCGGAGUUACAAAGGAGAGCUGUUUGAGAAGACUCCCACGCUGGUCACGGACUACCCCGUGGAUCUGGAUGAGGUGGCUUAUUUCUUUUUGGUUCCUUAAAUCUCUCCAGGCCAAACUGUCCCAAAGGAGCUUUUUCAGGAGGCAACUGGACUUCCCUGUUUUUUCUUUUG